CAGUAACUUUCUCUUCAUUUCUCUUUGUGUCUAUCUCUCUUCCUCUCUGUUCCUCUCUGUGCAUAUGUACAAACCCAAAUCCACCGCAAAUCAACAAUACACAUCGCCUCCAACACGAACUCGAAAACAACACAAAGCAUGGGCAUGAUCUUCACUUGUUUGCUUCAUAGGAAUCCUUUCCAGAACCCUCGUCCCGCCAUCUCUACAGAAUUCCCAAUCACCUAGUUUUGUUCUUCCUUUCAAUCCCUAUCUAUAUAGUGGCCGUGGUAUACGUGUAUUUAAUUUACCAGGUAAUUCAUCGAUCAGUAGUCGAGUUCCAGAAGCAAGAUUGAUCCCAUGAGCAACCAGAAUAAUUCGACGUCGCAACCCGAACCGGGACCGGUUCCUACGAACGAUUCGGGCUCGAGCGGGCAAGAGAGGGAUUUGAGUAACUGGCUUCCCAUCACUGCUUCAAGGAAGGCGAAAUGGUGGUCGUCCACUGUCCACAACGUGACCGCCAUGGUCGGUACCGGAGUUCUAGCGCUACCCUUUGCAAUGUCUCAACUAGGCUGGAUCGGCGGAAUGACGAUGAUGGUGAUUUCAUGGCUGCUUACUUUCUACUCGCUGUGGCAAAUGAUCGAGAUGCACGAGAUGGUUCCGGGGAAGCGGUUCGACCGGUACCACGAAUUGGGCCAGUAUGCCUUCGGGGAGAAGCUAGGGUAUUGGAUCGUGGUCCCACAGCAGUUGAUCGUUCAGGUGGCUUCCAACUUGGUGCAAAUGGUCACCGGAGGGAAGUCGCUGAAGAAGGCCUUCGAGCUCACCUUCCCGUCGGCCGACCACCACAGGUUGACCUACUUCAUCCUCGUGUUCUGUUUCAUCCAGCUCGUCCUCUCCCAGACUCCCAACUUUCACUCGCUCAAGCUUGUCUCCUUCCUCGCCGCGGUCAUGUCGCUCAGUUACUCAAUGAUAUCAUUCGUGGCAUCAACCAUCCACGGGACCAAAAGAGUCGGCCCGCCGGCGGAGUACGGGCUGCGGGCCCACACGACGGCGGGGAUCAUCUUCGAAGCCCUGAACGGGAUCGGCGAGAUAGCGUUCGCCUACGCCGGCCACAACGUCGUCCUCGAGAUUCAGGCCACCAUCCCUUCGACUCCCGAGAAGCCGUCCAAAAAGCCCAUGUGGAAAGGCGUCAUCGGCGCCUACGUCAUCGUCUUCCUCUGCUACUUCCCCGUCGCCGCUUCCGGGUACUGGGCUUACGGGAACAACGUCGACGACAACAUCCUGAUCUCGCUCGAACGCCCUGUCUGGCUCAUCGCCGCCGCCAACUUCAUGGUGUUUAUUCACGUGAUUGGGAGUUAUCAGGUUUAUGGGAUGCCGGUUUUCGACACGUUGGAAGGGUAUUUGGUGAAGAAUCGAAAGUUCGACCCGAGUCGAGCGCUUCGUUUGAUUGCACGUAGCGUCUACGUAGCUUUGACGGCGCUGGUUGCAAUGUGCAUCCCGUUUUUCGGCGGCUUGAUGGGAUUCUUUGGUGGGCUUGUGUUUGCUUCUACUUCGUAUUUUCUUCCUUGCAUCAUGUGGCUUCGUGUGCAUCACCCACCGGUUGGGAGCUGGCACUGGUUCGCAUCCUGGGUUACGAUCGUGGUCGGGGUUACGAUAGCGAUUCUUGCACCGAUUGGAGGAAUGCGAAAUAUAAUCGAGUCUGCUAAAACAUACAAGUUCUUUUCGUAGGGCUGUUUACUUUUUAUUUACGUUUGUAGGAGGGAAGAUUUCGAAUUUUCGAUGGUUUCUUUUCCAGAUUUAUUUAUCAUAUCAAGGAAUAUAUAUAUUUUUUAUAGUUUUAAUGUAAAUUUUCGUCAAUCGAUGUUUAUACGUACUUAUUGAUAGCAUUACGUUAUGCCGAGUUUUGCAGAGGGCUAUUAGCUACCAUUUGAUCAGCAUGUGAACGCGGCCAUGUGUGAAUGUGAACAAGCGGUAAUAUAGAAGAAGAAGGCAGUGAAAGUACUGCACCUAAUUGGGAAUUUGUAGACAAUGGAAUGUUAUGAAAAUGUGUGAUGUUGCUGACUUUUUGGUUCAUACUAAUCCCACUUGCAUCUAUAUAAGGCGGAAAAAAACAGAUAGAAAC